UAUGGCAGUGGAGGGUCAGGUGAUGUACACUAUAAGCGAAGGGAGCUGUCCGGGUGCUGAAAACAGUCCAUAAACUCGCAGCGGACUGAUAACCAAGACCAUGUUUUAGGCUGCCUCUCCUUACAGGAAACAUUUGGAAAUGGCUGAUGCUAAAACCUCCCGGCUUGGAACCAUCUUGCCUCUAGCUCUCCUUUUUGUGCUUAUCUGUUACGUAAAUGCUGCAUCAUUUCAACGUUACCAAAACAUCCACAAGGAUCCUGAGCACCUAAUGAAGAACUUGCAAAGGCUUCCCAGCCCAGAUAUGAUCAAAGCUCUGGAAUAUAUAGAAAACCUGCAAAAACAAACCAGCAAUGGGGAAACUAGCCCAGAUUAUAACUCCUACCAAGCUGCCCCAUUUGUUCUGCCAUCAAAAGAGAGCAAAGAUCAACACUACCUACCAGACCAUCUAAGAAAAUCUUUGUCAGAAGACGAGUCACAGUGGGUGAAGGCAAUGUUAGAAGCUCUAAGACAAGGAGAAAAAGAAUCAAAGGGUGCCUCAAAAGAAAACAAACCUUACUCUAUGAGUUCAGACAAUGUCUUCCUAGAUGGAAUGACUGAUGAUUAUGAUAACCGGCCUUGGACUGAUGCAUGGAACAGACAUUCCAAGAUCCCACAUCUUUCCUACCUUGAAGAAAAUUCAAGAGAUAACCCUUAUAAACGGACAAAUGAAAUAGUAGAAGAACAGUACACACCCCAAAGUCUCGCUACUUUAGAGUCAGUGUUUCAGGAGUUGGGCAAGAUGAUGGGGCCAAAUAACCUUAAAAAAGAGAGGCUUGACGAGGAACAGAAAUUGUAUGCAGAUGAUGAUGAAGAUGAUGCCUUUAAAGGGAAUAACAUUGCUUAUGAAGAUGUCGUUGGAGGAGAGGAUUGGAAUCCAAUAGAGGAAAAAGUGGAAAGUCAAACUCAAGAGGAAAUAAGAGACAGUAAAGAGCAUAUUGAGAAGAAUGAAGAGGAGGUUGAGGAUGAAGUGAAGAGAUCAGGGGCUCUAGAGGACAGUAUGAAGAGAGAAGACAAAGAUCAGGUCUCAGAUGAUGUUUCAAAGUUGAUGGAUUAUUAUUUGAAAAAGAUGAACAGUGCUGGUAAUGACUACCUAAGGAUCAAGCAAAAUGAAGAUAAAAGGGCAGCCAGAUGGUUUGGAAAGCAACUUGAUCCUCAGGCUAUUUAUCAGUUAAUAGAAAUCUCAAAGAAUCUCCAAAUCCCACCAGAGGAUUUGAUUGAGAUGCUGCGAUCUGGGGAUAAACAUCCAAGUGAGAAAGAACAAGAGCCAGAACUCCCCGAAGACACUGAUGAGAUCCCGGAAAUUAAUUUAGACAAUUCAGACAUAUUCAAAAACAAGAUGAGUUCAUUAAAUGGUUAUAGAAAGCAACGACUUAAUUUGAUGCCAGAAGAGCUUAAUGUUGAAGAUAUUAUCAAUCUUUUAGGGACAGGUAAUGACAAACCCUCUUAUCCUGUAAAUCAACUCAGUCAAGAAAACAACCUGCCAAGAGUGUCUUACAUGCUUGCAAGACCUAAAGGACAUCAUCUUCCCAAAGCUCCUUGGCUUAACCAGUUGGAGAGACGGCAGAUGGAACAAGAACCACUGAAUGACAAAGAAGAAGACCUGGCCGACUACUUGGCCAAGGUGCUGGCAAAAUAUCCUGAAGUUAUCAAUACAGAUCAGGGGAAACAAAUCCCACUUGCAGUUUCAUCUGAGGAUGACUUGCAAGAAGAUGAUCAAUUUGAGCAGGCCAUCAAGGAGCAGCUAAAUCAGCUGGGCACUCGAGAAUCAGACAAACUCACUUCACUCAGCAAAAGGCUGCCAAUGGCCCAGGAGAAUGAUGACACACAAAACAGGCCAUAUAUGGAUGAGGAUAUGCUAGCAAAAGUUCUGGAGUAUCUAAACCAGGAGAAGUCUGAAAAGGGAAGAGACCACACUAACAAAAGGGCAAUGGAAAAUAUGUAGUUGUUCCAAUAUUAUUUCUCUCUUCCUUGGAUUGACUUCUACCCCAAUUCAGUUGUGAAUUCUUUUUCUUUAUGAAUUUGAGGCAUGUUCAGACAUACACUCGGCUGUUUUAUGCAUACAGGAGUUCUGGCAUCAGUAUUUGCAUGAGUAAGGUUACGUGUAAAUAGAAGUUCACAGAUCUCAACUAUAUCUGCCUCUGUGAUCUUAGAGAUGAAAAGUUACUUCUGGGGACUACAGCUCCCAGAAUCCCAUAGCCACCAUUGCUACCAGCCACAGUGGCUGUGGGAUUCUGGGAACCGCAGACCAAAGAAGGCACUUAUCUCAUCUCUGUCCCUGAUAAGUGUCAGGGAACAUCAGAGAUGCCAGGGAUUCCUACAGCUGUGAUCCGUGAGUUCUCCCAGCAACUCACCAUCUUGCUCAUGCAAAUGAACAUGCCCAGAGGAUUCCUACAGGUGCAAAAAGUGGCUUCGUUCGGUGUCUUUGCUGGUCCCAGUGGUAGAUGAUUUGGCACUGAACAGUCUGCAUAAACUCCUCUGAGCUGUUCUGUUGUUUAUGGGUAUCUUUAAAUGUUCUAAUUCUUGGUAACAUAACAAAUUGCUUCAAUUUUUUUAAGAAACAGGUUUAUGAAAUCCAAUGAAACUAUGUAUAACAAUGAUUAUGAUGGAUAAUGACAAAAGCAGAAUGACAACCAUAAUUCAUGAAGUUUUUUAAAUUAAUUGAAAUAUUUUGUUAUUGUCUGUGGUGUUGUUUGUGGAGUACUGAAUAAAAAAAAGAUGAAGCAUUA